UUAUUAGUGAUAGUUACAUUGUAAAAGUUACGUAGCUUAUAAGAUGAUACUUAUUACUAACUGUUUUACCUUUGCGAUUUAAAUAUAUUUGCAGCUCAUAUCUGUUGUGAACAACUUUGAUGUGUGAAUUUCCUAUGUGAUUGUAUCGCAUUUCUGUGUUGUUAAAGGGAUAGUUUACUUUGAAAUUAAUUUUUGAUAUGUUUUAGCUUACCUCAAGGGCAUCCAAGAUGUAGGUGUCUUUGUUUCCACAGUAUUUUCCAUUUUGAUAUUUUUUGGUCAAACCGUUCUUGUCUGUCAGUCAUAUAAUGCAGGUCUAUGGUCACCACCUCAAAGAGCAUGCACAGAGAAGUCCAAAUUAAACAUGAUUUAAUGACUCGUAAAUGUAAGUACACAUUGCUAAGACAGGAAACGAGCGGUUUGUGUGAGAAAACGAACAGUGUUUAUAUCAUUUUACCUCUUUUAACCACAGCCACGUCCAAGUACUCUGAGGGCACGGGCGCUUCUGUCUGCGCAAGCGCCGGAUCUCUCGCGCAUGUACUCCUGUCUAUCUAAUAAUUUGUUGAUUUGUAUCCUUCCUAGGAAAGUGAUGAAGAUUCCCAAAGAGAAGAGCAGAGUGCAGAACCUUUCACAUUGGCACAGGAAAGUGAUGAAGAUUCCCAAAGAGAAGAGCAGAGAGCAGAACCUUUAACAUUGGAGCAGGAAAAUGCCCCUCAAGAAAUACGUGAUGAUAUCCACUCUCAUGGACUAACGGAAGGGCAAAGUUGCAUCUCUAUUUUCUCCUUUGCAUUGAGACACAACACUACUGGUGUAUUGAUGGAAGACCUGCUGAAACUUCUAAAGUUACAUUCUGCUGGGACAAAUGCAGUACCAGCAAGCAAGUAUUUUUUGGAGAAACCAUUAGCUGGUAUUAUAGAUCAAUUAAAACGCCAUCAUUACUGCAGAGUAUGUACUAAGUACCUUGGCACUUCACAAUCACAAGAAGAAACACUUACAUGUGUGUCAUGUUCCUCGUCCAUAACAGUAAAAGACAGUUUACAGGAAGGACAUUUCUUUAUCAGUAUUCCAUUAAAGGAUCAACUGAAGGAUGUUCUUGAGAAUCAAGGUAUGCACGAUCUCUGUUUUCGUCCUGAUGACAGUAGUAGGCAUGUAAUAAGUGAUAUAUGUGAUGGCACCUUAUAUCAGACCUUGAAAUCAAACAGUGAAGAGGAUUUCCUCUCCCUUACAUUUAAUUGUGAUGGUGUACCAGUCUUUCAGUCCUCUAAAUUUAGUAUUUGGCCUAUACUGUGUUGUGUCAAUGAGAUACCCCCUGAGAGUAGAGAUAAGCAUGUGCUUUUAUGUGCUUUAUGGUUUGGAGCAAAAAAGCCAGACAUGACCUGCUACUUCCAUCCAUUUGUAGAGGAAUGUGCCAAUCUUUCACAAGCUGGCUUUGAGUGGCAACAUCCUAGUGAUCAGUCAUGGAGACACGUGAAGGUGCAUCCAUUGUGCUGUGUGUGUGAUGCAGUAGCAAGGCCAUUACUACAAAAUUUUAAGCAAUUUAAUGGUGAAUAUGGCUGCGGAGUCUGCCUUCACCCUGGGGUGCAGAUGAGGAAAGGAAAAGGAAAGUCAAGGGUUUACACAUGUGCAGAUGAAAAACCAAGUGACAGAAAUCAUAAAACCACAGUAGAGAUAGGACAAAUUGCUGAAAGAGAAGGGACAACAAUAUUGGGCAUAAAGGGCCCAUCUGCCAUUGUAGAUUUACCAAACUUUGAUGUAAUCAAUGGGAUGGUCCCUGACUAUAUGCAUUGUGUGUUGCUUGGCGUGUGCAGACAAAUGGCAACUUUAUGGAUCGAUUCAAAAAACUAUUCUGAGACAUGGUACAUUGGCACACAAACAGCUAUCUUGGACAGACACCUCUUGUCUAUAAAACCUCCAGGUAUUGUUGCUCGAGUUCCAAGAUCUCUGACUGAACGCAAAUUCUGGAAAGCCCAUGAGUGGCAACACUGGCUUCUGUACUAUAGCUUGCCAGUUCUAAAAGGCAUACUUCCACAGAAGUAUCACUGUCAUUGGGCAUUACUGAUAGAGGGCAUAAGCAUUCUGUUGGGAUCUGAAAUAAAUACAGAACAGAUAAAUCAUGCCCAUGAGGCAUUAGUGUACUUUGUUGGAGGUGUGCAGUCGCUGUAUGGGGAAGAGCACAUGACAUUCAAUGUUCAUUCACUUCUGCAUUUGAGCAAAAGUGAUGUGCAUUGUGGUCCUUUGUGGGCGAACUCAGCCUUUAUGUUUGAAGAUUUCAAUGGAUACCUCCUGAAACAAGUAAAAAGUAGCCAAGCUGUACCACAACAAAUAUGCAAACGAGUUCUGUUUUUCCGAGCUUUUCCCCGUUUAGCAAAGCAAUUUUUAACAAAUGCACCUGCAGAAGUUACAGAUUUCUGUAAUGAAAUGAGAACCGAAAAGCAUCAUGUCAAUAAGUUUGAGAAGUUCACUGAGGUAACUGCCCUUGGUCCACCAAAUGUAAGAUUAAUGUCUGUUAGUGAUCAAGCUGCCCUACAAACAGUGAGAGAGGUUUCCCCAAACUCUGUGGUAAAUUACUACAAGAGAAUUGCUGUAAAUGGAGAGGUUGUUCAUGGUCAUACUUACAGCAAAACAAAACAAAGAAACAACUCUAUUGUGCUUUUGAAGGAUGGGAGUAUUUUUAGAGUGUCCCACUUUAUUGACAUGGGUGAUCAGUGUUUAUAUGCCAUAGGAAACUAUGGUAAUUGCACAGUGCAGAAGUUAGCCAGAGGUUCUCUUAUCAAAACUCCACUGAGCUACAUGUCAACUGUCCUCUUUCCCACAGGCUUUCACAAAGCCAUAAACACUGCUCAGGUAGUUAGACCAUGUAUGUAUAUUCAGUGUCCACAGUCCAGCUCAAUUGUUUGUCGGCUACUUAAGACAUAUUACUGUAAAUGAACUAAAUGUGAAGAUGGCCACUUAUUCAUUCAGGGUUGCUGAGCUGGAAAGUAACUAAUUGCUUCUACUGUUACUGUAAUCUAAUGUGAGAAUCU